AGAGACAUUUGCAAUGUGAAAGAUAAAAUAAAUUUUUCAUAUUUAUCAAUCUCUAAUAGAAAGUUUUGUGUAAAAAUAUUACCAAAAGAUCCUAAUAUAUUUGGAGAUCUUUCAUAUAAUAAAUAUGAGAGAAUUAAAAUGGAUAAAAUGGAAGAAGAAGAAGAAAAAUUUACUGAAAAUAUGAUUCCAAAGAGACAAAAAUUUACUCAAAAAAAUUAUUAUAAACUUAUUAAAUCUCAUUUAAUUAAUAAAAAUUUACAAUUAGCCUUAAGUGUGUUAGAUUUAAUGAAAGAAAAUAAUGAUAAACCUAAUUUAUAUAUAUAUAGGCUUUUAAUAUCUGCUUUUGCUAAACAAGGUGAUAUUAAACAAUGUUUUAAAUUAUUUAAACAAAUAAAAGAAAGAGGUUUAUUUCUUUCUCCACAUAUAUAUACUAAUUUAAUUAAUGCUUGUGCUGAAGCAAAAGAUAAAGAAGAAGCAUUAAAACAUUUAACAUUUUUAAGAAAAUACUUUUAUGAGAAAAAAAUAAAUUUAAAUGAUAUACAUUAUUCAUCCCUUAUUAAGGCUUAUAGUUGGCAUAAAGAAAUUUCAAUUGCUUUUGAAAUAGCAGAUGAAGCAAAAGAUAAUCAUAUUUAUUCACAGAAUAUAAUUUCUGCUUUAUUUCAUGCAACAAUCAGUGAUACAGAAAAUGGAUUAAAAUAUGCAUUAUACUUAUGGCAUAAAAUGAAAAUAAUUAAAAUAAAACCAAACAUAUUUCAUUAUAAUCUUUUUUUAAAGGCAAUUAAAGACACAAAGUUUGGUGAUCUAAAAGUAAAUGACAUUUUGGUACCAAAUUCAAAGAAUACUCAGAUUCAACUUAUGGAAACUGAAAGAUCAGAUUUAUUAGAUUCUCCACCAGUAUUAAGUACUUCACUUGUUCUUAUGCUUAAAAAAUAUAAUUAUUUUAAAUCAAACAAUAAAAAUUCAGAAAUAAACAUAAAUAAUGAAAAUACAUUGUUAUCUCCAAAUUUGAAUAAUAUAUUAAAAAUAAAUCGAUUACUUUUGUUUGGUGGAAUUGAUAAAUUUUUAAAACAUAUGAAAAAUGAUGAUGUAGAACCUAAUAUAAAAACAAUAACAUUAAUACUAGAUUUACUUCCAUCUACAAUAAAAGCAGAACAAUAUUUCCUUAAAUAUAUUAAAUCAAAUAAUAUUAAAACUGAUAUAACUUUCUUCAAUAUACUUAUUAAAAGGAGAUGUUUAAGAAAACAAUACAAUGCUGCCAAAGAUAUAUUGAAUAAAAUUCAAAGACAUCAUUUUACACCAAAUAUUGUUACAUUUGGAGUAUUGGCUAUUGGAUGUAUUAGGUGUAAAGAUGGACUGGAACUUUUAGAACAAAUUGAUACCAUUGGUUAUGCACCAAAUUUCAAAAUCUUGGAAACAUUAUUUUACAAUGCAUGUUAUUAUAAGAAUUUUAUAUAUGUAUUGCAUUUAAUGAAAUAUAUAUUGCAUAAUAAUAUUACACCAACAACAAAUAUAUUAAAUAUCUUAGAAAAAUUUGAUGAAUUAGUAUUAGAAAUAAUUAAAAGGCAAAUAUAA